CCCAUGGAAUGGAGACUCACACACUUAUGUUGGGGACUGAUUAGUGUUAGUUGGUCAGUCGCCUCUCAAGCCUUCUGCCAGGACCUGAUUGCCAAGAUUUAGUAAACCUGUGGUGCUCACAAACUACAUUUCCCAGCAUGUUCUAAAGGAAAUGCUGACUGUUUUGUUUCUAAAACGGAGACUGAUUUAAACUAAUGCUUCAGAUUGCUGACAAAUUAAAUGCAAUGCUGGAUUCUUGUUGGAAAUGUGUUAAGCAGCAAGCCAAUAGAUGGACCGUGUCUGGUGACCGUAGCCGGACCUGUUAUCUUUUCAGGAGCCUGUGGUGGCAGUGCCAAUUUCUCCUUGUUUUCUUUCUUAUUGUCUCUUCAUGGGCCUACAAAACAAGAACUCCUAAAUCAUCUCUUUGUUAUAAAAUGGGUAAUGGAAGGGCCCUUCUGCAGAUGCCUGCUAAAUUAUUAUUGGCUGAUGAGGCACAAUUCUAUAAAAACGCCUUAAGUAAACCAGCACUAAAUGGGAAACUCCGCUCUAUAUGGACUUUAUUUAUGAACCAUAAAUGUAAAUCUCCUAAAAUAUCUGUCAAUAACCAGUUUCCCUCAGCAAGUUACACAUUUCCUCUAGCAAACCUGAUUCAGUAUAGGGGAAAGAGACGUUUCAUGCGACAGAUAGACAGUGCAAAUUCCACUCCUGCUCCACAAAAGGAUUCACAAUCUGCUAUAAAUGCUAUGGUAGACAAGAUUAUUGGUCGAAAGGAAAGUUCAGUCCCUCUGACUGGAGGUCAGAAAAUAGUUGCUAGCGAUACUGACUUUGUGCUUGGGGCAUCAGAGUGGCAGUUGGGCUCUUUAGAGAACAUCAACUGGUUACAGAAGGAAUCUUAUGUGUUUAGUGAUGCACUUUUCAAUGACCUUUCGACUGAUGAGGAGAAGCCAUUUGCAACAGGCACUACAGGAAAUCAACCUUUGCCUUUAGAAAAUGAAGUAAGAGAUACAACCACCUUAUCUAGUUUGAGAAUGCAAAGUGUUUUGCAUAGUGAUGCUACAAGUGUGACUGUUGCCGUGACUGAGAAAGAUGCAGAGACUGUUGCUGUGACUGAGAAAGAUGCAGAGACUGUUGCUGUGACUGGGAAAGAUGCAGAGACUGUUGCUGUGACUGGGAAAGAUGCAGAGACUGUUGCUGUGACGGGGAAAGAUGCAGAGACUGUUGCUGUGACGGGGAAAGAUGCAGAGACUGUUGCUGUGACGCCGAAAGAUGCAGAGACUGUUGCUGUGACGGGGAAAGAUGCAGAGACUGUUGCUGUGACGCCGAAAGAUGCAGAGUCUGUUGCUGUGACGCCGAAAGAUGCAGAGACUGUUGCUGUGACGCCGAAAGAUGCAGAGACUGUUGCUGUGACGCCGAAAGAUGCAGAGACUGUUGCUGUGAAGCCGAAAGAUGCAGAGACUGUUGCUGUGACGCCGAAAGAUGCAGAGACUGUUGCUGUGACGCCGAAAGAUGCAGAGACUGUUGCUGUGACGCCAAAAGAUGCAGAGACUGUUGCUGUGACGCCGAAAGAUGCUGAGACUGUCGCUGUGACGGCGAAAGAUGCUGAGACUGUCGCUGUGAUGGAGAAAGAUGCUGAGACUGUCGCUGUGAUGGAGAAAGAUGCUGAGACUGUCGCUGUGAUGGAGAAAGAUGCAGAGACUGUCGCUGUGACGGAGAAAGAUGCAGAGACUGUCGCUGUGACGGAGAAAGAUGCAGAGACUGUUGCUGUGACGGAGAAAGAUGCAGAGACUGUUGCUCUGACGGCGAAAGAUGCAGAGACUGUUGCUGUGCCAGAGAAAGAUGCAAAGACUGUAUCCCAACACUCAAGUCAAGAUUACAAAAUCAGUCAAACAAGGUUACCCAUUACAACAGAUAUUACUAUGCUUUCAACACCAAAAAGCCUUUUGUUAGCAAUUUCUGGACAUACGAUCAACAGUACAGAGACACUACUGCAUAAGGAAGAGACUUCAGAAUCUGCUAAUGUAGAUACGUUGACUUUGGCAGCAGGUGAUAACAUACCAGACAUUUUCUUUGAUAUGCCAGACAACAUGUUUGUUACACCAUCAAACAGACCUGUGAGUACCUCUCCCCUUGCUGGAGUUUUGGCAAGCACACGUAGUUUGGGUAAAACCAAUAAGAUAAUAGCAACUCACACUGACCUAAUGCGUGUAAUCCAACAAACUUUGAACUCUGCUAAUAAUAGCAUUUUGCCACCAAUUGUAGCCACUUCCUCUAAGGUUUUUGGGCAGAAGUAUAUUAUCACCUCUUUACCUUACCUGGGAACAAGUAAUGAUUCAAGGUUUUCUCUCAAAGUUAAAGAUACUUCAAGACUGGGAACAUCACCUACUUCUUCUGCUGCAGUCUAUUCCUCUAUUCCUACUAUUUCCUACUCAGGUUUAAUAACCAAGCAACCUCUCUUGUUAAAUAUGUCUCCCCGCUCUUCAUAUAAACCAGAUAGGCAAACCUCUGUUACAGAAGAGGUUAAACCAAGAACUACAUUUGCAAAGUAUAUUUCUACACUUGCUCCACAUGUUAAAACCGGGAAGCAUUCAGAUCUGACCACAGGUUCUGUGACUCCUGAUUAUACAUCGUAUCUUGGUAGCAGCAGCAAGGGUUUGGAUAGUACACCCAAGCUUUUAAAAUCUCAGGCCUGGUCUACACUUAAAGAAUCACCCUUAAAGAGAACCUCAUCGAAUAUAAUGACCUCUGCUACCUUGAGUUUUUCUGGUCAUGCUAGUGAUUUCCACACUCCCACUUUAAGCCCUUCCCCAUGGCCCAGUGUAACAGUGAGCAGCAUGAAAUUUGCAUCUUCUACUUCAUCUAAGUUGUACAAUGCAGGAACUAAGGAAACCAAACAAUUUUCCACACAAAUGUCUUCUAUAUCUGAUCAUUUAACUCGAUUGCAUAACACCAUUUCAGUGGCCAGUACCCAAAUAACAGGCCAAACAAAGGUCUACCCAGGGACACUCCUGGGCCAUAGUACUUUCUCAUACUCAAUGAGCCACAAAGUCAGCUCACUCCUUCCAGAUUCAAAUACUGCUGUCUCUUUUAUUGCCAAAACAUUGAAGCCUGACACUGAUUCCAACAAUCUUACCAAUACUAUGACAGGGAUCACUAGUACAGAUCCUACUGUGUCACUUGGUGGUGAAUCGGUGACUGGAGAUAUGUCUUUCACAGCUACAAAAAAUAAAGAAUCUUUCAAUUUCACUAGUUCACUUGCAACAACAGAAAGCUCUACAAUGUUCACCCAGAUGUUUCCCAUCUCUCAGAACAGCACAACAACGGAAAAACCUACAAAGCAAAAGUGGACCUCUCACACAUCACACUCCACUCAGGAUAGUGCAAGAACAGAAACUUCUGCACAUGUGGACUGGAAAGCUCAAACAACACCGGAUUCCUUCACAACACCCAGUUAUACAUUUUCUGUUACAGGUUCCUUCUUUGACUUUGCACCUGACAAUGACGUCACCGACAUAACACCUAAUGAAUGGCAGUCUGUAAGUUCUGCAGAGGGCACACAGUUUGGAACUGUACACAUAGGCUUCCGUGAUGUUAAACAUCACAGGCAACCAACCACCCCCACCCCUCUUACCCUCACCAAGUCCUCAACUACCAGUGACAAAUUUUCUGCCAUGCCUUUAACAUCUAUUCCACUCACUGAAAAAAACACUCCUGUUCUCAAAACAAUCUCAACAGUGCAGAGAAGCCCUACCACCCUUCCCUCUAAAGAGAAACCUCGGCAAAUUCAGGACACAACUGGCUGUGACUUCCAUGGCCCCCAAACAGCUAAGCCUACUAUUAAAACGGAAACUUUGCAUCCUACCAGGUUCUCGCAUAUAACCACCUCUGGGAGUAGUCUCACUUUUGCAAAGAGAGCAGAACCAGUGUCAGAAUCUGAAUUGGGGACAACUGCCCCUUCUACAGUUCCACGGUCUCUUAACUUUCGAUUAACUUCCAUUUUAUACUCUAACCAACUAGCGAAUGUGACUAGCGAUGAAUAUAAAAGUCUGGAAAGAGAAGUAAAGCUGGUGAUGAACAAAAUAUUCACUUCGGCAUUCCCAAAAGAAUAUAUUGAAUUUCUUAUUGCAAGGUUUUUGAAUGGAUCUGUCCAGGUUGAAGCAUAUGUUUUGUUUGAUUACCAGUCUCCUGCUCCAAGUAGCUCUGAUAUCGUAAGAGCAGUUGUCACAGAUGUUUUGGACAGACCGAGCAAUUUUUUCAGAUGGAAUAUUGAGCUCCCCACUGUGGAAUCACAUGGAUACACAAUUAACAACUUGGAGCCAGAGAGUUUUCCAGUGUCUUUUCUGGCUCUACGUCUUGGAUAUAUUGCCAGGUCCCAGACAAUUGUAGACAGCAAGCAAUUUCUAGAAAACCUAAGGCAGGAGAUCAUCAAGUGUGUUGGUGCAACUUUCCCUGUUGGAAAUUUUUCAAUUUCUUAUGUUCGAGACUUGCGUGGUGACCUUGAAGUGAGAGGAAACCUGUACCUAAACAGCAAAACCAACACAGAUGUACAAUCUUUACUGCAAACACUUGUGACCCUUGGAAAUAAAUCUGUGGAUCUCAGCUCCAUGACUGUAGAUGGUUACCACAUGGUACUUCGCGUUUUCCCUCUAAGUUUCCAGAUCACAAACAGGCAGUUUGUGAUCAACAUGUUAGACUUGUCAUCUUCCGAAUUCCAGGAUCUCAGCGAAGAGCUCUCUGCUGUGGUUUUGUCUGCACUGAGUUACACUAAUCCACUUCAAGUGAUCAUCCGUGAAAUAAUGAGAGGCUCUCUGCUCUUUAAAGGUGAAGUGGUUUAUCAGCUGCCGGCCCCUGGAAGUAGGGAAGUUCUUCGUGCUUUUCUCUCAUCUCUCAGUUCUGAUGGGAUUUUGGGAUCCUCUUCCUUCAAGGUGGAUGCUAACUCUGUGCAAAUUGGAGAUUCCAGCCCUGGCCCUCACUUUGAAUACCCAAGUUUUCCAGGUUUUGGAGUGGCUAUAAUAGUAAUGUGUGGUCUCUGCAUCUUGAUAUUUCCCAUCUUGGCCAUUGUGUGUUUUAAGACCAAAAUGCUUGGGCACAGAAAAAUGGCCACCAUUCAAAGACGUCCAGAUCUUGAUAGGCAGAGUCGACAUUUUGAAAUGGAUAACCAAGCAUUUCGAGCAUCUAUAGAACAGCCUUAACUUGGACUGACUAAGGGUACUUGAGCAAAUCAUGGACUCCAAGGACUUUCAGGAGUGAACCGGAGCUUUGUUCUCUGCUAUGCAUGUGUUGCCUACAAGUUUUGGAUGUAGAUUAUCACUUCAUGUGCCACGUGGAAUUGCCGAUUGGCUGCCUGUCAGAGUAGCACGAAGCAAAACCUGGAAUUUCCAUUGUAAUUGUAGCACUUUCUGUUGGUGGAUCCAACUUAUUUCUGUUGCUGGGCACCAGAAGAAUAAAAUUUGUUAAAUCUUCACUAGAAACCCUCUUGUGUCAUAAAUUAUAAUCAAAUCUAAAUCCAUUCAUGGAACAUAUCUCCUCAGAUAUAGGCCCAUGGGAAAUAAAACCAGACAUCUAUUACAUUAAGCUUGCUUGAUGGCCCCGUUUUAGCCUUUGGAGCAGAAUCUUUUAAAAUGUAAUAUAGCAACCUUCUAAUGUUUGACAACAUCCUUUUUUAUAUAAAUAGGCUUCACUUCACGGUAAAAUUAAAUAUUCCUAGUUUUUUUUGUCGUUAAUCAGUCUGUUGCAUCUAAAUGUGGGUUUUGAAGGUUCAGAAUAUGUUUGUUUGCUAAUAUCUGGAACAUGGAAACCUUUAACACUACACAAAGUGGGGGUUACAUUGUUGAAAUCACGAUUUGGGGCAUGGUAUGCUGGCAAUCGUUCAUUCAGAGCAGGGACAGAAUUGUGGAAGUUCUGUAAAAAGAAAUUUCAAGCUAACUAGCAGGUUUUAGAGCACUCUGUGCUGCCUGAUUUCCUGUUUACUCUAGCAUGCAGUCCUGCUAAAAUCAAAAUUCUUCUGGGUGAUUCUUUGGUCAUUAAUCCUCAUUUGCAAAUGAAGGUACUUUCUGUAAAUCCAGAUCUGAUGUGUGUCAAUGUAUUGUCUUAUUUUUAACGUCUGUUCUGCACAGGGUUCGUAUGGAUUUAAAAUAACCUUCCUAUAUGUUCACAGUAGAUUUUGCUCAUAUUCUAUUUUUCUGAGAACUGACCAGAGGAAAAAAAAAUAAA